AUAAAUUAGGCAGCAAAAUAUAGAUUUGUUCAACUGCCCUCAAAUAUCUCAAUUCAUUUCGUUUUGAACCUUUGAAGAGUGAAAACUAAGCCUUAACAAUUUUGUUUAAAGAAACCAAGAAGUACAAUUUCAUAGAAACUACAUUUUAAGUCGAAAUGAGUGUGCUUUUUUACCUAGUUAUUCUGGCAUUAAAAUACGAGAGCGAAGCUUUCAAUAUUUCGCCUCAUCCGAACCUAGUGAUAAAUUACCCAAAACAUCUAGGGACCCACUUGAACCAGACUCGAAGUUCCUACUUUGGAUACUCGCUCGUCAUUCGACCCACUAGCAUCAUUGUGGGAGCUCCUCGGGCCCAAUCCACCUUGGACUCGCAGAGCACCAUCAACGAAACUGGGGCAAUAUACAGGUGCUCCCUAAUCGACGAUGACUGCGUUCCGUACGUCCUGGAUUACCGCGGAGACGUUAUUGGUUCUGACAACGGAUACACCUUGAACUCGGAGAGCAAGGACUUUCAGUGGCUGGGCGGAUCCAUGGACGGAGGCACCCGGGAUUCGGAUAAGCUGCUCGUGUGUGCCCCCCGAUUUUACACGCCGCACAGUGAGGGGAAUCAACUGCACGGAGUUUGCUACUGGGUCCCCGACACUGUGUCCACAAAGCCGCAGCAUGUGGGCCGCACUUCUCCGCUCCGCUUGAAAUCAAAGCAGCUGAACGACGAUAAGAAAGUCAUGUUCUACAUGGGCGAACUGGGACACAGUGCUCAUGUGACGGACGACAACUCCGAGUUCCUGAUCGGAGCCCCCGGUAUCGAUAAUUGGAAGGGAUCGGUGGUUGUGUACCGGAAGAAUCAUCCUGUGAGCACUAGACGCCUAAUGCGAGAUGUGGCCACAACCAAUUACAAUCCGGAGAUAUAUACACCCAAUGUCUUCCAACCCAGCAGUUGGGGCCAAAAGGCGGACUCUUACUUUGGCUAUGCCGUGAGCUCCGGGUAUUUUGAUAGUGCCAACCUGUCCCAUCUCCUCUACGUGGCCACAGCUCCUCAGGCCAACGAGGCCUUUAUAUUUGAUGUCCGAGGUAGGGGCAUCCGAAAGUUCCAUGAGUUCCGGGGUGAACAGUUGGGCGAAUAUUUCGGCUACUCCGUUUUGGCGGAGGAUCUCAAUGGAGACGGAAAAACGGACGUUAUUAUCUCAGCUCCCCUAAACGCUCUGGGAGAUUUCCCAGACAUCGGUGUCAUCUAUGUGUUUAUCAACAAGGGCUUGUUUAGCUUUGAGCAGAAAAUUGUCCGGCCAUCAGUGGGCAGUAAUGCUCGGUUUGGAACUACUCUUUCGCGACUGGGCGAUAUCAAUCACGACGGAUACAAUGACGUGGCCGUUGGAGCUCCCUUUGAGGGAAACGGAGCAGUCUUCAUCUACCUGGGCAGUGAACACGGAUUGAGGGAUCAGCCAAGUCAGCGACUAGAUGCUCCCUUCCAGCAACCAUUUCAGUACGGAGCCCACAUGUUCGGACACGGACUCUCCCGCGGAUCCGACAUAGAUGGUAACGGGUUCAAUGACUUCGCCAUCGGAGCCCCAAAUGCCGAGGCCGUGUAUCUGUAUCGCGCCUAUCCAGUCGUAAAGAUACAUGCCACUGUGAAGUCGGAAGCGCGAGAAAUAAAACCGGAUCAGAAAAAGGUGAUGAUCACUGCCUGCUACCGACUGAGCUCCACGGACCGGGCAAAAAAGGAGGUACUGGAGCAGAUGGUGGCCAUCCGGAUUACCAUAGAUACGCAGCUGAAGCGGCUUAAGUUUGCGCAGACGCAGGAUACCAAGUUAGAGUUCACUGCUAAUGGGGGUCCUUUAGAACAGUGUCCGAUCUUUGAGGUUAAAGUUGGUUACACCGGUAAAAAUAUAUUCGAGCCCAUCGUGUUGGAAAUCCAUUAUGAGCUGGCGACGAAGGUACCGAACUCUGGCGAAUUCUGCGAAACCUGCGCGGUUGUUGAUCCGGUGGAACCGAAGGUCUACACGGAGAAGAUCAGCUUCUGCACGGGCUGUGCCGCCGAUGUUUGUGUUGCUGAUCUGCAGUUAAAGAGCCUGGAUGUGAGCCCCAGUUAUGUUUUGGGCUCUACCGACAUCCUCCGUCUGAAAUACGAGGUCACCAGCAGCGGAGAGAACGCCUAUGUGCCUCAAUUCAACGUCACCAGCUCUUCCCGACUGCCAUUCGCUCAGGUUCCGGGUAACUGCAGGGUCAGCAAGGCAUUUAUGCUAUGCGACCUGAACCGCGGACGCACGUUGGCCAAAGGUGACAGCGACUCCAUCACCGUCAGUUUCGAUGCCAGCCAACUCGGUGGACAUUCACUGAUCAUCGACGCAGCAGUAUUCAGUGCAGGAAGCGAAAAGAAUCCCACGGACAACAAGCAAACCAAUGUGAUCAAUUUGAAGGAGUUCACCGAGAUCGAUGCCAGUGGUGCUCAACUAAAUGGGCAAAUUGUUCUCAACAAUUACCCUUACUCAACGGAGAUUAUCAAUAAUUACCAGAUCAAAAGCCGCGGCCCUAGUGUUAUCGAGCAGUUAACCAUGUUCUUCUAUAUUCCCAUUGCCUAUAAGGUAGCUGGUUCUUCAAAAGUUUUACCCAUCGUAAACGUAACCAGCCUGGAUUUGCAUGCCACCUACGAUUCUCAUAUGUUGCCCAUCAAGCUCUACGACCAGAAUGGGUUCCUCAUUGAGAAUUCCAACCAGACCGAACAGGACUACGACCAGAUAACCUCUUCCACGAAUCGAAAGCGUAGGGAUAUUAAUAUAGUAGCCAAUGAAGAACAAAAUGCUCGCUCUUUAAGUGUCAAGGACUACAACGAAAACUUUAAGGACAAGCUGCCGGUGAAUCGCACCAUUGUGUUGAAUUGCCGGGAUUCUAAUAUGACGAUCUGCGUCCAUGCCGAGAUGAGUCUUAAACUAUGGCCGGAUAAACCUAUUAAUCUAAACAUAAGCUUUAAUGUGGAUUUGAGGGAUAAGAAGCAACCUUGGGAGUACUUUGUCAUUCUGACCGAUGUGGAACUCCUCAAGCAGGGUGAUCCCACAUCGAGUUCGUUAAAGAUCAGCCGAAAAAUUGAACCAAAUGUGAUAUUUAAGAAUCUGCAUGCUAGUAUCCCCAUUUGGUACAUCAUAGUGUCCCUCAUCGCUGGCUUGUUGCUGCUUUCUGCGUUAACCUAUGCUCUUUACAAGCUUGGAUUCUUUAAUCGCUUUAAGAGGGACGAGAUGAACAGGUUGAAGAAGGCGGAAAUACUUGACAGUGGAUCAGAUCAGGAUUAAUCCUUGCCGCAAAAGAUACCUGAUAAAAGAUACCGCUGUUUUUUUUUUGAGUACAA